AUGUACUGUCAAUGGAUCAUUCUCUUUGUUUCAGUUUCAACUCUGGUAUCUCCAGACCCUGCAGUUGCUCUGCCCUUCAGAACUCAGUCCCCAGACCUUGCAGCUGUCCAGCUCUUCACCGUGUUUGCAGAUGUCUCAGAUCAGCAGUUGCUGCAGGAGACACUCCAGAUCUGUGAAGCAAGGAAAGAGCUGUUCCAAACACUUACCAAGGAGGAACCGGUGACCUUCUCACUCAAUGCCCUCUUCAAGGAGGAGCCGAGAGAGUUCUCUGUCGGUAACAAGGAUCAACCCGAGGGCCUCGUCAAAACGGAACCUGAACUUCAGUGCAUUCUUCCAGUUAUAAAACCAGAACCAGAGCCAGAAGACCUGCAGAGGCCGGACCCAAGCCCCAGUCCACACCAGGACCUGGACCAUGAGCCAGACCAGGACUUCCCCCAGGACUCUGAGCUCAGUGGACAGUGGCAGUUUGAGGGCCUUCCGUCACGGAGCAGUGAUCGAGAACACACAGACAACUCUUCAGAGGAGGAGGCUCCGCAGUCCCAGAGUCUUUGGCCCAAACUUGUGGUGAACCUGAGCCCCAAAGCCACGCUGCCUUUGGCCCAGGGGCUUGACGGAUCACAGGCCGACGCAGACGUGACCGAGAACUCGUCAGACAGCAACUCACCCAGCGCUUCGGCUGCCACUGCGGGCCCUUCGUCAGUGAGCGUCAAACUGCGUCCUCUGUGCAGCGACCUGGUGAGAAGCGCAUUAUCAGGCCAAGUCGCAAAAAAGAAGCUGAGUGAGGACCACGACACUGCACUGCAAGCCAAACAGAGAGUGAAGCUCCACAAGAAGAGAGCCAGAGCAGGGGGCAGGGCCAGUGAAGAGGGAGGGGGCAAGGCCUGGGGAGGGGAAGAGGCCAAUCACCACUGCUCCAUUUGUGACAGAAAGUUUGCGUUGCAGUGCCUCGUCAAGCGCCACAUGAAAAGCCACGACUGCGGUGAAGUAUGCGGCAGAAGCUUCAGCACUAACUUGCUGCUCGAACACUACACAAGGACGCGCAACAGGAAUGAGACACACAACAAAAAGGAACCCAACAGGAGGAGACGCAGAGAGACGAAACAGCCUGUGAAGAAGAAGAAACCAAACGACAUGAUCAGCUACAACAAAGAAACAAUUCAAGAUAAACUCCAGAACACAGACAAAAAAUGCCUGAAAGUGAAAACAAAAGAAUCCAAAGGAAAGAGACGCAGUGCGGAGCUCGGAGCGACUACCUCCAUCAGGACGCCAGAGCAGGUCAAUGCAGCGAAGCAGAGGGUCAGUGCUACCUGCAGGAGAGGAGCGGAACUGAGCCGCAAGGAGCAGAGGAAGCUGAGCAAGGAGGCGGCUAACGUUAGCAGCGCAGCUUGUUUUCAGGUUGGCUCAGCUCCGAGCAACAUGUGCAAACUCAGCGCCGCCGCGAGCAAGAGGCUGCAGCCGCAUGGGGGGACGCAGGCGGGAGUCAGCAACUUAAUGAGUCAAUGCAAACAGACAACAGCCAAUCAGAGGCAGAGUUGGGGAAACACUAAAGCAGCAGCGGCGAAGAGGCGGAAGUCAGUGGGGGAGGAGGAGGCCAAGAGACAAAGAGAAGACACUGAUACGGACAAAACUGAAGACUCAUCCGACGACUCGCCUGCGUAA